GAUGUCCUAACUGACACAGUUUUUCUUGCACUCGUACACAAAGCCUAGCGGACCCUAAGCAAGCCAUCGUCAAGACUGUUGUGAAGCCGCGAUUAUUCGCCGCAACAAGAAAGCACCUCAUCGCACCACACUUGACCGCUUUGUAGUCCCACUACGGAUAAAACGACUAGUGGAACGAACAGUUUGGGAAUGAAACCGUGAUGGCUGUUGUUGCAUUUCUAAAAAGUUUUGGCGAAGUUUUCCAGCGGAAUGUAGACGAUCUCAUCAGGUUAACUUUAUUGAGAAGGUUUCCGCCAGAUUACUGUUUAUCUUUUGUUGAAAAUGAGGAAAUUUACUAUAAGCCCCAAACAAAAAAAUUUAACUUGAAAGAUCUCCUGAACGAUGCAUUUCUUUGGGCAGUACCGAAAAGUAGAAGGACUAUUGAGCGAAGACAUAAACGAAGAUAUGGUAUACCAGGGUAUCAUUUAAAAUUAAUUCUGCCCAAGACCAAUUUGCAAGUUUGUAAUGUUUGUGGUGACGAUCAUGAAAUUGGGGUUCUGUGCCCAACAUGUUACAAAAAAGUAAUGGAUGAAACUAAAGAAAUGAAAGACAAUAUCCAAAAUGAAUUAGGAUUACAACCUGUUGAGAAUGAAGUAGUGGUGCUUUAUGAAGGAGAAAAAGAUGAGAAACCAGCAGAAACCUGGCAAGGAAAAAGAAUUGUUGAAAUGAAAAAGGAAAGACCUUCCUGGUUCAGUAGAAAUUUAUUACAAAAAACUACUCAACAGCCUGCUACUACAAAAGAUGUGAAGCCUUCAGAUUUAGGGUGAAUUAUAAUUAAUAGUUUACAACUAGUUUUUUACUAUUCUAGUUAGUUAAAUUUUAUGUCAAUUUAAUAAACGUAGAUUUAAAGGUUUA